AUGUUCUUUCACGGCUGGGAUAACUAUAUUCGAUUUGCGUAUCCAGAGGAUGAGUUGAAUCCAAUGCUGUGUAAUGGUCGAGGGAGCGACAAACUCAAACCCGACAAUAUCAACAUCAAUGACAUCUUGGGUGAUUAUUCUCUUACUCUGGUGGACACCUUGGAUACCCUAGCUGUUAUGGGAGAACAGAAAGAAUUUGAAAAGGCUGUACGACGUGUCAUUGAUCAGGUCUCCUUUCAUCAAGAUAACAAGGUGCAAAUCUUUGAGCUCAACAUCCGUGCCCUUGGUGGAUUGUUAUCGGCACAUGUUCUUGCAAGCGAUCCUUCACUUGGUCAUACCAUUCCGGGCUACAAGGGCGAGCUUCUUGCACUGGCACAAGAUUUAGCUGAUCGUUUAAUGCCGGCAUUUCAAUAUACCAAGACCGGAAUACCGUUUCCUAGAGUAAACUUAAAGUAUGGUGUUCCCAAGACCGAAACGGUGGAGACAUGUACUGCAGGAGCGGGUAGUCUAUUAUUGGAAUUUGGCGUUUUGAGUCGACUUACGGGUAACCCACAUUAUGAGCAAGUUGCCAAGCGAGCAUUACAUGCAUUGUGGAACAGGCGCUCUGAUUUAAACCUGCUGGGGAACGUGAUCAACAUUCAAACCGGUCAAUGGAUCCAUACAGCAUCUUCUACAGGAGCAGGCAUCGACUCGUACUUUGAAUACUUGCUCAAAGCUUAUGUUUUAUUUGGUGAUCCCGAGUAUUUGGAGAUGUUUGAGGAGUCCUAUGAAGCGAUCAUGCAACACGUACGUGAUCCAGGCGGAUAUCUCUACCGAAAUGUACACAUGAGCACGGGCGCAUUGAUGGCAACAUGGAUCGACAGCUUAAGUGCUUUUUGGCCUGGUGUGCAAGUACUCUAUGGCGAUUUGGAUGCGGCUGUCAAAGGUCACCUCGUUUUUUACAACAUUUGGCGGAAGUACCAUGCAUUGCCAGAACGCUUUGACUUUUAUCGAAAGACCGUUGAUAUCGGUUUCUAUCCCCUACGACCCGAAUUCAUCGAAUCAACGUAUUAUCUUUACCGGGCAACACGUGAUCCAUUUUAUCUUCAUGUUGGCGAGAUGGUCAUUGAAGAUCUUAAUAACCGUACACGAUUACCUUGUGGAUUUGCAAGCAUUGGUGAUGUACGCACCGGCCGACUUGAAGAUCGCAUGGAGAGCUUUCUUCUCAGCGAAACAUUAAAGUACCUCUACCUCCUCUUUGAUACAGAUAAUGAAUUUAAUGCAAUGGACUCUAAUUUUGUGUUCACCACGGAGGGACACUUUUUACCGUUGGCAACCCACCAUCUCACUACCAGCAAUACUUCUUAUCCACUAUAUGCUCAGCACACAACAUGUUAUAAUCCACACUUUAAAUCGUCUCUACAUCACUAUAUUCAACAUCCACACAGCAUCGACAUGUCAUCUAUUGCCUAUCAACCUGAAACCGAUUAUGCAUCUGCUCUUGUUGGUAACACCAAAAACACCAUCAAGGACCUAUACCCAUCUGGACAGUGCACUUCACCUACGGCAGGCAUACAAUCUUUUGACAUUACGUUCAACUCCAAUCGUCGAGGUCGAUAUCGCCAUACUUCGCCAAAAUUGAUGGAAGUUGUUGGAGGUUUUCUUGCAAAAUCACUUUCGGGAUUAAAAGUCGAGAUUACCAAGCGACCUUCAAGGGCAGGUGGUGGCUACCAGGUCACACGAGGUUAG